AUGACGUCCAAAACGGCCGCCACGAACGGUUCGACCACCGCGAAGUACGAGCCCCGGCUCUGUCACGUCGUCAAGCGGCCCGAUUUCGAUGGGUACGGGUUUAAUCUGCACGCGGAAAAGGGACGGCCGGGCCAGUACAUCGGCAAGGUGGACGAUGGUUCGCCGGCAGAAUCGGCCGGCCUACGGCAGGGCGAUCGGAUUAUUGAGGUGAACGGUCAGAACAUCACGACCGAAACGCACAAAAAGGUGGUCGAGCUGAUCAAAGCCGUCCCGAACGAAACGCGCCUGCUCGUGAUCGAUCCGCGGGCGGAUGCGAAUGAUCUGAAGCUGGCACUGGCCAAAGCGGCCGCCGGUUUGAUGGUUAGCAACGGGACGGCAAACAGUAAUGGAACGAGCAACGGACAUCACGAGAGCAAUGGGGUGAAUGGGGUAGCUAAGAAGGACGCGAAGGAUACGGGCGUCAAGAUGGAAGAGAAGUCAUCACCCAAGUCCACCACCACGAAUGGGUCGGCGACCGUGAAUAAUAAUAAUAAUAUCAACAACAACAACAAUCACAGUCACAGCAAUGGCAACGGUACGACGACUGCGCCCCUCGCCACCGAGUCGCCCAUCAUGGAGAAGAUCAUCGACGACACGAAAAAGGUCCUCACCGUGACGGAUGGUGCUGCUGUCGGUAAGAUGGCACUGAACGGUACUGCACCGGCAGCUACGGAACCCAGCAAAACCGUACCACCGCCAACCGAGGGCAAGAAGCUUAAUCUACCGAUGACGGCGGCGGAGAUGAGGGCACAGCUAGCCGCCCGCAAGAAGUACGAUCCCAAGAGUGAGGUGUGCGAUUUGCGCAAAAAGUAUGAAAUUAUACAGAAAAUGUAA